CAAUGUUUGCCUGAACUGUUUGUACAUCUGGGCCAUAUUGCGGAACCCUGCCCUUCUUUGUUGACUGAGGAAAGCUCGCUCCCUGCCCAGGUUUUUCAUUGUUGAUCAAAAUUAACACCAGGUGGUGAACAGAGCCCCUCCUAAGGUUGCUCAGGAUAAAUCAUUUAUUAAAUAGGUCUGCUUGUCAGGAGGGGUGUGAAGGCUCCCAGAAGGAAAUGCUGGCGCCGGGGCCCGGAAGCCAGGGCCUCUAACUCCUGGGGUUGAUUUCUUCAGUGAAGUUGCACCCUACAAAGGGAAUAUGGCCAAAGCAGCACUCAACUGAAGGAUGAUAUCAGGCGAUUAGAAAGCAAUGCGUUCUGCGUUUGUCUGGAAUGGAUUGUGGAGAGAUGGACUUAGGCGAGGACUACCAGUCCCCGUUUGAUUUUGAAGCAGGAGUCAACAAAAGCUAUCUCUACUUGUCUCCUAGUGGAAAUUCAUCUCCACCUGGAUCACCUACUCUUCAGAAAUUUGGUCUGCUGAGAACAGAGCCGGUCCCUGAGGAAGGAGAAGAUGUUGCUGCCACCAUCAGUGCCACAGAGACCCUCUCAGAAGAGGAGCGGGAAGAGCUAAGAAGAGAACUUGCAAAGGUAGAAGAAGAAAUCCAGACUCUGUCUCAAGUGUUAGCAGCAAAAGAGAAGCAUCUAGCAGAGAUCAAGCGGAAACUUGGAAUCAAUUCUCUACAGGAACUAAAACAGAACAUUGCCAAAGGGUGGCAAGACGUGACAGCAACAUCUGCUUACAAGAAGACAUCUGAAACCUUGUCCCAGGCUGGACAGAAGGCCUCAGCUGCUUUUUCGUCUGUUGGCUCAGUCAUCACCAAAAAGCUGGAAGACGUAAAAUUGCAAGCCUUUUCACAUUCCUUUAGUAUACGUUCCAUUCAGCAUUCAAUUAGCAUGCCUGCUAUGAGAAACUCCCCAACUUUUAAAUCAUUUGAAGAAAAGGUCGAAAACUUAAAGUCUAAAGUAGGGGGAACCAAGCCUGCUGGUGGUGAUUUUGGAGAAGUCUUGAAUUCGGCUGCAAAUGCUAGUGCCACCACCACGGAGCCUCUUCCAGAACAGACACAGGAGAGCCUGUGAGAUUCCUACCUUUGUUCUGCUACCCACUGCCAGAUGCUGCAAGCGAGGUCCAAGCACAUCUUGUCAACAUGCAUUGCCAUGAAUUUCUACCAGAUGUGCUUUUAUUUAGCUUUACAUAUUCCUUUGACCAAAUAGUUUGUGGGUUAAACAAAUGAAAAUAUCUUCAACUCUAUUCCUGGGAAACACCCUUUAGUGUACAUUUAUGUUCCUUUAUUUAGGAAACACUGUUAUAAAAACACCUAUAGUACCUGGGGACAUUCACUAGAAUGAUCUAAGAAGCUACAGAUUGUCAUAGUUGUUUUCCUACUUUACAAAAUUGCUCCAGAUCUGGAAUGCCAGUUUGACCUUUGUCUUUAUUUCCUUUUUUUCCCCCUCUCUGAAUCUCUGUAUAUUUGAUUCUUAACUAAAAUUGUUCUCUUAAAUAAUCUGAAUCCUGGUAAUUAAAAGUUUGGGUAUAUUUUCUUUACCUCCAAGGGAAGAACUACCAGCUACAAAAAAUAUUUUGGAAUAAGCACUGUUUUGGUAUAAGGUACAUAUUUUGGUUGAAGACACCAGACUGAAGUAAACAGCUGUGCAUCCAAUUUAUUAUAGUUUUGUAAGUAACAAUAUGUAAUCAAACUUCCAGGUGACUUGAGUGGAACCUCCUACAUCCUUAUUUAUCACCAUUUAUGACAGUAAACAUUUCAGUGUAUUGUUUAUUAUACCACUUAUAUCAACUUAUUUUUCACCAGGUUAAAAUUUUAAUUUCUACAAAAUAGCCGGGCGCGGUGGCUCAAGCCUGUAAUCCCAGCACUUUGGGAGGCCGAGACGGGUGGAUCACGAGGUCAGGAGAUCGAGACCAUCCUGGCUAACAUGGUGAAACCCCGUCUCUACUAAAAAAUACAAAAAACUAGCCGGGCGAUGUGGCGGACGCCUGUAGUCCCAGCUACUCGGGAGGCUGAGGCAGGAGAAUGGCGUGAACCCGGGAGGCGAAGCUUGCAGUGAGCUGAGAUCCGGCCACUGCACUCCAGCCUGGGCGACAGAGUGAGACUCCAUCUCCAAAAAAAAAAAAAAAAAAAAAUUCUACAAAAUAACAUUCUGAAUCAAGCAUACUGUAUGAUCAGUAGGCUGAACUAUGAACACUGUCAUCAAUGUUCAGUUCAAAAGCCUGAAAGUUUAGAUCUAGAAGCUUGUGAAAAUGAUAAUAUCAAUCACAUUAGGGGAACCAUUGUUGUCUUCAUUUAAUCCAUUUAGCACUAUUUAAAAUAAGCACACCAAGUUAUAUGACUAAUAUAACUUGAAAAUUUUUUAUACUGAGGGGUUGGUGAUAACUCUUGAGGAUGUAAUGCAUUAAUAAAAAUCAACUCAUCAUUUUCUACUUGUUUUCAAUGUGUUGGAAAUUGUAAAAUGAUACUGUAGAACCUGUCCCCUAAUUUGAAAACUGAGUGUCAGGGCUGAGUGAACCAAAGUCUCUAGACAUAUUUGCAUAAAGGCCAAGGUAUUCUAAUAACUACUUACUGAACACUACCACCUUUUCCUUAUACUGUAUAUGUUUAUGGCCUACAAUGUUGUAUUUGUUAUUUAUUAAGUUGUGAUUGUUUUAUUGUUUAUGCCAAAUGUUAAUUGCCAAGCUUGGAGCGAUCUAAAGCAUUUUUUAAAAGCAUGGCUAGAUUUACUUCAGUAUAAAUUAUCUUAUGAAAACCAAAUUUUAAAAGCCACAAGUGUUGUUAUAAAAUAACAUGCUGCCAUUCUUGAUUGCUAGAGCUUUUGUUAGUACUUUGGAUGCAAUUAAAACUAUGUGCUAUCACAUGUGAAAAGCUUAAUAAAUUCUGUCUAUCAGUAGUAUAGGUCUCAAUAUUUAUUAUGAGACCAGUGGUCUGGAAACAGCUUGUUAUAUUACAGAAUCAACUGGAGUCUAUACUUAAAUACUUAACCAUCCUUAAAUUAUUGCUUAAUGGUAUCAUAUUAACAUAUACUAAAUAAGGGCUUUAAGGAACAGGCUGUUGAAGCAUUGUCUCAGAGGAGUGGAUCUGCAGAAGUUUGUCUUUCUAUAGAAAUAUUGUGCUUACUCAACAUAACUGUUAAAUUAUUUUUUCUACCAGCUAGUCUGCUUUUUAAAAUUCAAACAUAUUCUUUUGAUCACAUUGUUUCUUGAGCAUCCAGCCCUGCUACUAACUUUUCAACAAGGCAAAAUGGAGUAAAGUGGCAAUUUCUUUAGUUGAGUGAAAUACCCUCAAGUCUCUUUUCUGUCCAAAAAGGGAAAAGUGAUAGAAAUCGGGGUGGGAAGUGGGGUGAGUGGAUGAAGGUGGGUAUUGGGGAUGGCUGUGAAAGAAAAUGUUGGAGAAUCACUUUUCUGGGCAUCUACCUAUACUUAAUCUAAAAAACAAAAAAUUAAUCUACUGUAAAGUACUCUGCCCCUUAAAGGAAGUAUUAAGAGGAUGGAUUUAGAAAAAAACAUGAAUUUAGAAAUAUUCAAAAUCGUUUUUGUGGCAGAUUCAAUAUUAUGAAUUCACAGAUAUUUAAGGAAUGAGAAACAGCAAUUAGUAGAAAUGCCAGAAAGAGUUCCUGGUUCCUCUUGUGUUUGACACUAAAAAAAUAGCAAGAGUGUGAAAUCUCAGAUACUUAUGAAAUCUCACAGAUGUAAGGACUCAAGUGUAGAAGAAAAUAUCCCCCUCUUAAAAAAAGAAAUGUCAAUUUAUGGAGUUUGUGGGAAAUAGAGCAAGAAUUCUUAUGCUUAUGAGAGCCAAGUAAUCAGUGGAAGAGAGUAGAGCUCAAAACUGGAUUAUCACCUUAGCAACUUAGAAUAACUUGAAAUAGAAAAAAACACAUUUAAUUUGGACUGUUUCUGGAUCUGUUAAGAUAUACACAGUCUAUUUUUUGUAUAGUAUUGGAAAAUAAAAAUUCUAUAAUUUGGGUAUGGGUUCUUUUGUAUACAUUACCUGCCCAUUGAGGAAAGGGGCAAGUCCAUUAUGCAACUUCUCUCCAAACCCUUCAUGUUCUGGAUAUGAUACUUAAAGAGCCAUGAGCAGCUACAUUCUGGUUAUCAGAAGGCAUUUAUUAAAUGACUGCUUGCUGCAUAUGUGCCCAAAGAGAUAUCUUUAGUAAACAUAGUAAUUAGUAGAAAUGCCAGAAAGAGUUCCUGGUUCCUCUUGUGUUUGACACUAAGAAAAUAGCAAGAGUGAGAUCCUACAUAAGGUCAUUUGUCAGAAUGAUGUUUUUGUUUGUUUAGAGUUGGCUGACCUCCAACUCCUGGGGUCAAGGAAUCCUCCUGCCUUAGCUUCCCAAAUAGCUAGGACUAUAGGCAUGCACCCAGCCAUGUGUUUUCUUGAUAGCUCUUAAAGCCCAGAUGAAAAAAAAAUCACAUUUUUGCCCAUAGUGAAGAAACAUUUGGCCAUUGGUUGGUCCUUAUUUUCAGGAACUGUCCUGUUUUCAUUGGAUUAGAGAGACCCUGUGUGGGCCACAGUUAAUAUAAACCAUUAUCAUUUAAGUAAACCCGCACACCUCAGAUUUCAUAAUUUCCUUAUUGUUCUGACUCAAAAUGAACCAAGGGGCUUUUCACUUUUCGUUUGUAAGUUCUCAGAGGGUAGGGUCUGCAUGUGCUAUCACCUGGUGGGAUUUUGUACUUAAAUAAAUGCUAUCUGGCAACUGAAA